AGGGCGGCCGGGACAGGCCGCGGAGCCCGGGGGUGGGGGGAGACGAAGAAGAAGAAGGCGGCCCGGUGCCGGCCGCUAUGGACCAGUGCGUGACGGUGGAGCGGGAGCUGGAGAAGGUGCUGCAGAAGUUCUCGGGCUACGGGCAGCUCUGCGAGCGGAGCCUGGAGGAGCUCAUCCAGUACGCGGGAGGGCUGCGGCGGGAGAUCCUCCAGACCGAGAAUCAAGAUGGAGACUUGUCAGGGACAAUUUCACUUGUUAUGACACAGUGCUGUAAAAGAAUAAAGGACACAGUCCAAAAACUGGCCUCUGAUCACAAAGACAUUCACAGCAGUGUAUCCCGAGUUGGAAAAGCCAUUGAUAAGAAUUUUGACUCUGACAUCAGCAGCGUGGGGAUUGAUGGGUGCUGGCAGGCUGACAGCCAGCGGAUCCUCAACGAGGUGAUGGUGGAGCACUUCUUCCGGCAGGGCAUGUUGGACGUGGCCGAGGAGCUGUGUCAGGAAUCUGGUCUAUCAAUAGAUCAGAGUCAGAAAGAACCAUUCGUGGAAUUAAAUCGAAUAUUGGAAGCAUUAAAAGUUAGAGUUCUGAGACCUGCAUUAGAGUGGGCGGUAUCCAACAGAGAAAUGCUUAUGGCACAGAAUAGUUCACUGGAGUUCAAACUACACAGAUUAUAUUUCAUUAGUUUAUUGAUGGGUGGAACAGCAAAUCAAAGAGAAGCACUUCAGUACGCUAAAAACUUCCAGCCGUUUGCCCUAAACCAUCAGAAAGAUAUUCAGGUUUUGAUGGGCAGCCUGGUGUAUCUGAGGCAAGGCAUAGAGAACUCGCCGUACGUUCAUCUAUUAGAUGCAAAUCAGUGGGCGGACAUCUGUGACAUCUUCACAAGAGAUGCCUGUGCUCUUCUGGGUCUCUCAGUCGAAUCACCACUCAGUGUUAGUUUUUCAGCAGGUUGUGUAGCAUUACCAGCUCUAAUUAAUAUCAAGGCAGUUAUUGAACAAAGGCAGUGCACAGGUGUUUGGAACCAGAAGGAUGAACUACCGAUUGAGGUGGACCUUGGCAAAAAGUGCUGGUACCAUUCAAUAUUUGCUUGUCCCAUUCUCCGUCAGCAAACAACAGAUAAUAAUCCACCUAUGAAAUUAGUCUGUGGUCAUAUUAUAUCAAGAGAUGCUUUGAAUAAAAUGUUUAAUGGCAGCAAAUUAAAAUGCCCCUAUUGUCCGAUGGAGCAGAGUCCUGGAGAUGCCAAACAGAUAUUUUUCUGAAGAAAAGCUCCAUUAUGCGGUUUGUAAGUGACACUCUGCAAUUCAGGUGCAUUUUGGGAGAAUUAAAACACACCUGUUCCAUUUUAUGCAGCAGACUGAGGACUCCUAUGUUUGUAUAAGCUAAUGCUACAGAAACUUUGCCAACAUUUAGUAUAUACAUACCAAGUGGAAAUGCUACAGAAAUAUUAUUACCAUAGGGCUUUACUAUACUCUUGGUCUCCAUAUCUGAUCAAGUUACUACACCAGCAGUUGUCAUUCAAUGCAGGUUUUUGUACUCAAUUAUAUGGUGACUUUUUACUUUUUAAAAGCAGAAAUGGAUCACCCCCAUUUGUUUAAUAUUCCUCCUGCUAUCAUCUAUCAGUAACUGUCACCUUAGAGAAUGUUUGUGGAAGAAGUUUUAUUUCCUGUAAUGUGUACAUAAUUAAAAGUAAAUACUUCAGGAAAAAAAAAAAAAGUUUGAUAAAUUGAAUAGUGGUUAUAAAACUAAUUUGUAUUUUUUUUGCUGAAAGAGCUGUGAUAUAUUCUGAGUUUUUCUUUCAAACAUUUUUUCAACUUUUACAUAGAAUUCAAAGUAAAUGUGCAUAUAUAUAAAAUAUAUAAAUAUAUAGCCCUAAGGGGCUACCUGUUAAAAUCCAUCACUAAUUUAUAAGGGUGAUGUGUGGAUAGAUUACUGCUGGAACAGAGGGAAUAGGAAAUCCUGUUCCUUAGGUUUCAAAUGCUUGUGUAAAAGAAUACUCAAUAAAAGGAAAUUCUGAAGUGGAAAUGCUUUUAGUCGAUGACGUUUGCUCUCUGGCCUUCGUAGUCAUGUUCCUUGGACUUUGUAUUCAGGAUUAGGCUAUAAAUGUCAUGUUGCUGUAUAGGUUAAUAGUCAUUAUAGUGUGCUAUUUAUAAACAGUUAUCAAAACCAAAUAAAUUGUAUAAUUAUUCAUUGUUAAAUGGGGGAAAAGCAUGUUCUGAUGCAGUCUUCUGGUCACGACGCUGCACUUGGCAGAAUUGGGCCCUACGUCACGUAUUAGGAAGUAGCAAGUUUUCUGUAGCUUGAGAACACUUUGCUUCUAGCCUUGUUUUUGUAGUAGACUAUUACUGCCAUUACCACUUUUUCUGCUAAAUUUGUCAUAUUGUUGACUAGGUAAAUUUGUACUCAUGAACAAGGUGUAGAUCAUGGCAGUUCAAUCUUUUUCUAGUGUGCAGAUAUUUGUAUUUAUUGCACUGUCCUAUAGUAGGGCGAGCAGCCAUAAGGCAUGCGAAGCUACGUGUAAAAUUCUAUUCCUGUAUUGUGGAGUAAAACAUCCAAGCUGACACGGUUGAAUUCUGACACACUGGUUGAAUGCCCUAGCACCAUGCACUGCAGAGAAGACCGUCUGUGAGACAUCUCCACCUCUUGAAUCUGUGUGUCACCUGGCUUGAGAGACUGAGUUGGACUCUGUCGGAUCAGUGACAAUGGAUGUCCUGAAAGAGACACGAAGAGCAACAAGUCGAGGCACACAAAUUUGGAGCCUGAAAUGCGUUUGGUUCGUGUGAACAAUGCAGGUGUGUGACUUUCUGCAAAACUUCUGUUGUAUUCACACUGAGUUCCAACCAACCAGGUUACCGAGUGGUAAAACUAACAAUAAACAGGUGAGGAUAUUA